AUGGUGAGGACAGUGGUCUAUUUUAGUGAUCCUCUCAUGAGCCCAUCAAAAUCUAUAAAUUUGCUCAGUUUCUUCAAGGCGGCCAAAGCCAGACGUCCAUCUUCUGCAAGGAAAUAAAACAAAGCCACAAACAUGUCUGAAUCUGCGUAAGUAUUUGUAGAAAUCUAUAUUUAUCUAUUUAUAUUGUAUAUAUAAAAUAGUUCAACUGAAUAUCUCACUUGUUUCAUUGUGUAUGUUUGUAUGUGUAUUUGGCCCAUUCUGUGUCAGUCCGAGAAAGCCAAAGAUUUCGGCAUCCCGGCGACUGUUUUUAAAGACCAAAUUACUGAAGAAGGCCACCACCCUACUGACUGAAGAGAAGGAACAGAAAAAUAUUGAGAGAGAGAGAACGCUGAAUGAGAGAGUUCCACCACUCAAACUGUCUGGACUCUCUGUACAGGAUUUACAGAAUCUGUGCAAAGAACAACAUCAAAAAAUCGAUGUUGUGGAUGAGGAACGAUACGACAUUGAAGCUAAAGUGAAAAAAAAUGAAAAGGAGAUUGCAGAAUUGAACCAUAAAAUCUUCGAGCUGAAGGGCAAAAUGAAGAGGCCAGCGUUGAAGAGGGUCAGAGUUUCUGCUGAUGCUAUGCUUGGAGCUUUGCUGGGGGGCAAACACAAGGAAUCAAUUGACUUUAAGGCUAACCUCAAGACGGUCAAAAAGGAAGAGGAAAAGAAAGAAGAAGUGACUGACUGGCGUAAAAAUGUGGAUGCCAUGUCAGGCAUGGAGGGCAGGAAGAAGUUGUUUGCUGGACCAAAUGCCUAAUAAUAAACAUCUAAUAUAAAGGCAAUUUGUUUGAAAACUAUUGAUAUGCUUAACUACUACUAUAGUUAUUAUAGUUUUACUAUAGUGUUUUAUUGUAACACUGAGUAAAAAUACGACGCUGUUGUACAUAACCAUGGUUAUUAUUUUAAAUAUUUAAACAUUAUGUGUUUUAUUGUUACACUGAGUAAAAAUACGACACUGUUGUACAUAACCAUGGUUAUUAUUUUAAAUAUUUAAACAUUAUGUGCUUCCACAUAUAAAGCACCUAUGAUAAUAUAUGAUUAUUAUAUAAUUGCUCUUUGUCUUUAUAUAAUAGUAUUUAUAUUAUAAUGACAUUUCACAUAAUUAUGUGAUCAGUUGUGUGUUGUGAUGAGCAAUAAAGAUAACUCUGCGUUUAUAAAAUACAGAGUAAUUACAGGCUUUUCGUUUCGUCUCUAU